AUACCACUUUCCACUUUUCAAGACUCAUGAGUUAUGAUAUAGGCCUUACCUCAGUUUUCAUUCAUAGAGCCCAUAACUCGAUUCCAUAACCUGCAAUUUCUCCAACCUCCUUUUGUCUUUCCUACCAGAAACAAAAAUGGCGACUAAUUUCUGGGCAUCCACACACUACAAGGAAUUAUUGGACCAAGAAGAAGUGGAUGUGGUGCAUAACCUCGACAGGGAGAGGGGAAUUACCCUCGAAGAUUUCAAGCUCAUCAAGUUGCAGAUGACCAAUUACAUUGCGAGAUUGGCUCAAAAUGUGAAAGUGAGGCAAAGGGUUGUUGCAACUGCUGUAACAUAUAUGAGACGUGUUUAUACAAGGAAAAGUAUGACUGAAUAUGACCCUCGUUUACUUGCUCCAUCUUGCUUGUAUUUGGCAGCAAAAUCUGAAGAAAGCACUGUGCAAGCAAGACUUCUUGUAUUCUACAUAAAAAAAUUCUAUGCAGAUGAAAAGUAUCGAUGUGAAAUAAAAGAAAUACUUGAAAUGGAAAUGAAAAUCUUGGAAGCUCUCAACUAUUAUCUUGUUGUCUUCCAUCCUUAUCGUGCAUUAUCUCAGUUGGUUCAAGAUGCUGGGAUGAGUGAUGCAACUCAGUUGACUUGGGGACUUGUGAAUGACACAUAUAAGACAGAUUUAAUUCUGGUGCAUCCACCACAUCUGAUUGGAUUAGCCUGUAUUUAUGUAGCCAGUGUGCUUAGGGAAAAAGAGAACACUGCUUGGUUUGAAGAUCUAAGAGUUGACAUGAAUGUGGUGAAGAACAUAGCAAUGGAAAUACUUGAUUUCUAUGAUGCCCAUAAAAUGAUAACUGAUGAUAGAGUGAAUGCUGCAAUGCAUAAGCUCACCAUAAGAACUUAAAAAGAUCUAGGUUUUCUACGUAAGAUUGAAAAGCUAAGAGCUCAAACCAAAUGAUGUCAAAUGCUAUCCAAUGAAUUAGCCGUUGAACAUUGAUGAAAACAGAGUUGAACAUGUUAUCGUUUACGUCUAAAAAUAUACGUUUUCAUCUUAAAUCAAUAUGGUUUCUAGAUAUGCUACGAACGUUUUCAUCUUAAAUCAAUAUGGUUUCUAGAUAUGCUACGAACGCAUAAAUAAAAACCAAAAUCAAUGAUGAAAAAGACGGAUGAAAUCAAGGAUGAAUAAAACGAUUUUGUUUUCA